AUGUGGGUUACUACGGCACCAAGGGCGAGAGGGAGAGGAUGGGGAGGGGAUGACGCAGUGGGCGAAAGUGAAUUUACACUGCUAGUAAGAGGGAAAGGCAAAGGCAAGGCCGAGGAGAAAGAACUGGUCAGGAUAGUAACGGAAAGAAUCGACCAUCUCGUAAACGUGCAAGGCAAAAAAGCAGUGCAGGCCCGAAGAUCGUCUCUCGAAGCUGCUCUCCUAGUGAAAAAGAGGGCUAGGAAAACAGCUGAGGUUGCAAACAAGGCGACUGCGAAGGAACUUGCUGCAAGGAUGCAGCCUAAAGACGGUAGUGAGAAGAAAGAGAGCAUUGAUUUUAAAGACGCUGUAGGCAGGAAGUUUCAGUUCCCGCUUCAUUUGGUUAGCACAUGGAAGGGCAUCGAAACCCUAAUCUCUUGUGCCUUCCUCCCCAUCCCUACCCUCGCCUAUGCCGUACAAGAAGGCCACUACGACCUCGUCGGCCCCGACAACACCAUUAUCCUCCCACAAGUCUGGGAAUCAGUAAUCGAACCC